CUGGCCUUGCUCAGUUAGCUAGAGAAAUCUCUCCAACCACAGCUCUUGUUUAUAUCUCCGCCAUAGCGUGAAUCAUAGUGCUUUGUUACCCAUUAUGCCCACUCCAGAUCUGAGAAAACAAAAGGCAGGGACCACAUUAUAUCUAACUCUGUAUCUCAGAAACUAAACCUCCAUUUGACUUAAACUAACAAAAAUAAGCAAGAACAGCCACAGACCUUUAUGUUAAAUAAUUAAAAGGCAUUCUCAAAGCACUUGUGAGAGAUUAAGAAGUGGUCCCAGAGAAUGGGAGAUAAUUUGAAUUAAAAGAUAAAUGCAUCCAAUUGGGCAGGUCAAUUUACCACAGAAGGCUCACUGCUUACAUAUGAUGGAGAAUUUCCUACAUAAAAUAGAUCUGUAAAAGAUGGCCAUAUAUAAAUGGCAUUAAUCCAUGUGACUUCAACUCCAAAAGGUUGGACCUUCCUAGGUUACUAUUUUGUGCCUAUAUGUCAACGUAAUACAGAGGCUUUUUAUAUUUAGCUCAGAUUCCCUAGGCUAUUGAUUAAGCAGGAAUUCAAACCAGUUAAUAAGCUCAAUUCACCACGAAUGUCUGAGCCCAGAACUAUGCCAGAUUGCAAUAAGAAGAGAGUGGACAUGUUUACUAGUGCUGUGUGGCGAUUCCUAUGUUCUUUAAAUAUGGUCUCUUAUGUCUGAUCUUCUUCCAUACCUUUAGAGGUAGAUAUUAGCAGGUCCAAAGAUCAGGAAAAUAACAAGUCUGUCUUUAGGGAGUUUCAUUUUACCUGUACGGACAAAAUUAGCAACAUCUGGAAAAUUCUAUAAAACAAGAUAAUUAAAUGUCAAGAUGUAUCAGAGACAAAACUUACUACAGCAUUAAAUUGGUUCCAUUAUUUGUGGCUAGGAUGAGGAGGUGAGACCUGCUAAUGCCAAGCAGAAGAACUGUAGUUGUCCAGCUCUCCUCAUAAAUUCUUGGGACCUGACGGAAAAACAGAUUCUUGCACUAGCGUCCUGCUAUAGUGCUUGAAACCAAAACCUUAGAAUCAUUCCUUGGUAUAGUGUGAGCCAAGUUAAAGUCAAAUGUACCUGUGGACUGCAGUUAAAUAAAUGGUUCCAAAGCUGUUCUGGCACACUGGUUUGGUAUUAAUAGGUGUCCCAAAUAAGUGGGUGAAACCAUGAAAAACAAGAUUCCUUGUGAUUGAGAUAAAUAAUGUACUGUGAAUCUCAAAGAAUAUAGCAGAGUCUGGUGCAUUUCACAAAUAUAUUUAAACAUUCUUACCCCCACAGAGCAUUAUAAGCAACACCGCAUUAAACUACUUUCAGACAUCAACACCUUUGUGAAAAUAAUUUGGCUGGCCAGCCUCUUAAUAAGAUGUGUGAAUUCCAUUCUCAUGCACUCCCAGAAGCAACACUGAAGACCCCCAAGCCCAACCCUCCAACUGAAGUGGGAAUCUUCUACAGGAAGUAGUGAGGAAAUGAGACUAGGAAGGAAGGAAGGAUGGUUUCAAGGCAUCAAGAACAGAUUCAGGCAGGGUUCUCAGUUAGUGCCCCAGCCAGAUGAAGGAGAGGAGAUCAAAAGACGUUUCUAUUUGUGGGAUGGCGGAGUUUCUCAAGGAGAAGAGAAAGCAGCAAAAGAGCUAUUGGGGGUGAAACGUGCAACCUUUCAGGAGGGCAAUCUGGCAUUAUGUAUUGAAAGUAUCUAAAAGACCCCACCCUUUGAACACCAAUUCCACUUCGAGAAUUAAAAUUUAAGGACACAGGUACCCAAACGUACCAAGGUAUAUGUCCUAGUCUGUUCAAGCUGCUAUAAUAAACGACCAUAGCCUGGGUGGCUUAAACAACAAACAUUUAUUUUUCACAGUUCUAGAAGCACGGAAGUCUAAAAUCAAGGUGCCUGCAGAUUCAGUAUGUGGUAAAGCCUGCUUCCUAGUUCAUAGAUAGCCUCCUUCUCACUGUCUGCCAUCCCAUGGCAGAAGGAACCAGAGAGCUCUCUAGAGUCUCAUUAUACGGACACUAAUCUCAUUCGUGAGAGCUCCACUCUCAUGACCUAAUAACCUCCCCCAGGCUCCACAUUCAAAUACCAUCACAAUGGGGAUUAGGAUUCAACAUAGGAAUUUUGGGAGGACACAAACAUUCAGUCUAUAGGAGUAUAUGAGGAUGUUCAUCAUGGCCAUUUUAUGGUGGCUAAAAAACAGAAACAAACUAAUUGGUAAACAAGAGAAGACACAUAAAAUAAAUAAAAUAGAAUGGUUUGCAGCCAUUGAAGAUGAUCCUAUCAGUUUGUAUUCUUCACAUGGGAAAAUAUCAACAAUGAAAAAAAUAGUUACAAAGUACUAUGUAUAAUGUCACCAGAUUUUAAGAAAAUAUAUGUGAAAUAUACAAAUCCCAAAAGAAUAUGUACCCCAAACUUAGGGGUUUAUCUCUGGAUCGCUGAAUUUUAGGUGACAAUCUUCAUUUAAAAUUUUUUUUCUUGUUAUCUUUCAUUUUGUUGCAAUAAAAAGGUAAAACUUAAAUGUCCAUGAAGAAAACUCACAGAUUGGCAGUGAUUAAAAAAAACUGAGGAGUUAUGUAAGCCUGAAGAUGCCUAAAGCUAGUACAUACAAGGGCUCUACACUUCCUGAUGUACCGAUGAUAAAAUCAAAUUUUAUUAAGAGCCCUACUAAGUGCUAGGCUCUGUGAUAAGUAUACACUUUGUGUUCUAUGUGUUUGAACUCCAACAGGAGAGUGAAGAAGAUACAGAAAGCGGGAGGGGUUUGUCCAAAUUUCUACCACCAAUUGUGGGCAAUCACUUAACAUUUCCGGCCCUUCAAUUCCUCAAUGACAAAACUAGGGAAUCAGUGAAGCUUGAGUUCCUUUUUCAGGUUAGAAUUUGUGAGUGCUAUAAUAGAAUGCUUCUCAAAAUUUGAUGUUAACCUGGGACUAAUGGUAAAAUGCAGACUUGAUUCAGUGGGUUUAGGGAGCCGCCUAAGAGUCUGCAUUUCUAACAUGCUCCGUGGCUGAUAGUCCCAGGCUUACACUUUUGACUUGCAAGACUCUACCUACAUGAUCUCAUUGAAUUUCCCCAAGAAUCCCUUAAGAAAGCCAUCCUUAGCCCUAUUUCACUCAUAAUGGAGUGACCUAUCUAGGAUCAAACUGAUAGAAAAUGGCAAAGCAGAGACCCCAAUUGAGAUCUUUUUACUCCUAGUCACCAAGAUAUUUAACACCCCAUUCAGUUCUAAAAUGUUAUAAUUAGAAAUUACUGCCACACUCAUAAAAAGUGAACAAGACCAGGAAGAGGACUGGUAAAGGUAAGCUUCUAAUGGAAUUCAGAAGAAUGAGAGAUCACUUCACAUGAGGACCAGUUAAGAAGUCAUAAAAGAAAUUUGACAUCAACUUUGAAGGAUAGCUAGAAUGAAGGUAAGCAAAGAUGGAAAAUACAUAUGCAGCCGUAAGGUUAAUAGGGCGUGAUCAGAGCAUAUGGCAAUGCAGAGAAAACUUGUAGAGAGGGGCCCAGGAUAACAAGACAGGCUUCAUGGACUGAAUCAGAUAUUUAUUACAAGAGCCAAAGAAAGACAACUCAAAGGUUGAGCCUUAGACACUAGAAGAAUACAGUCAACUAAAUUUUCAGUACAGCAUUGGAAACCCCUUACCAACUUCCUUCUCCUCAACAUAGAGAUUCCAUUUGUCCCUGUCUACCUUCCUCUUCCCCCCUAGCACCAGGGAAUUAGUCUACUCAUCAUGAUAGAAGCAUGCCAGUUUCCAUACUUGUACUUACACUUUCACAAUGAUCACCCCUCCUGUCAGCUCACCUACAUCUUGAGUCCGUAAACUACUUCAUCAACUUUGCGUCCUUCAAGGAGGCUUUUUAGCUUUGGUUCCAUUUGACCUGUCUGCUCUCUUGUUUGUACAUUCUGGAGACAUUUACUCUCAAGUACUGGGCAAUACAUAAGUAUUCUCAGCAAAAUCUCUCAGUAUCUGCUUCUCUUUCCCACCUACAGUUCCUGGAGGAAAGCACUAAGUCAUUGCAUUUCUUUGCUUUACUCCUAUUACUCACAUCAUGCAUGGGGUAUGCUAGGUACAUCCUUAGUGCUAUCAACAUUACUGUCUUGUUUUAAGAAAAAGAUAAAGUAUGAUAAGAAAAAUCACCUCUCCUUUGUAAUUUGUUUCUCCUAAGUAGAUCUCCUGAGAGAAGCCCUAGGACCCCCACCCUCCGGCCCCACAUGCAUCUCCAGAGGCACUCUGUAAAAUGCCAGCUAUAUGCUGUGUGCCCACAGAAACAACAGAGUUAAUUUUCUCCUUUUGCAACCGUGACUCCCACUCUCCUCCCCUUCCUCUAAAUGUUUCCUUUUAAAGAAAAGUCAUGGUCACUGCUACCAAAAAUUAAAGACAACAGCAUAAAGCUGAAGGUCCAGGCUGGUGCGAGCGAUGACAGAACAUUAAAAUCACCACUUGAAUUUCUCUUUCCUUGAACACUGCCAGAGACUGCUAAUGGAAAGUCAAUGCCCAGAAAUGCAUGCUCAUUUCAGACUUUUUUCACUUGUGCCUCUUGGUUCACAAACUGUUUUCACUAAAACAAAUAAAUUGGAGGCGGCCUUCAGUUGAGAUGGGAGAGGUAUGACAUAUCCAAAAGACGUUGUACGUGACCACCCCCCCCCCCCCACAACAUGAAGUACCAAGAAAAAGCAGGAGGGUUUAUUAUGCAAAGGUUAAUUUACAAGGUUUAGAAGAGGAGGAAUUAAUCACCUCUCCCUCCUCCAAGCUAUACUUCUGGCCUCUCCAGCUGCACCAAGCGUGUUCUUCUACCUCCUCUCAGUGCCAGAUUGUGUUUUGCAAUCAGAUUCACAUUUCAUGUAACCCAGAGUUCCUUCCCAUUUGCUGAAUCCACAUUUUCAAGAUUCUUAUCCCUUCGUACCCCCAGUUCCCAUUCGCAUGUUGGCCUGAUGGCUUGGGGUGGUUUUCUUGAUGCCCAACUACAAUGGUGGUUCAAGCUCCUUGCCCACGUAAACAUGGAAAACGUUAAGGGUAUUUUCAAAGUGUGUAAAACAUCCCUCAUCAGCAUCCAACACUGAAGGAGAGAUGUUUGCUGACGGAAACCCAUGGUGAGCUCAGAAAGAGAGACUCAUCAAGUGCACAUAAGUAGCCACAUUAUAACCCAGUGAAUCAGAAGUUCCUACAAGACAGGGAAAGAGAUAUGAAAGAUCAAACACGAGGAAAGAGAGAACUUCAAGUGAGUUCUUUCCCUUUUUUACUUUUUAGUGUGUUGGACCCUGAGAAGCAUGAAAUUAAAACUCCUGAAAAACAGCCAUACAAACUUGCUGUGGUGACUCAAAAGUUGUCGUUUCUCCACUCAACUUCACUGAAACACUUGAUUCAUGUUGUUCUUAUUUAACCUAAUUUGCAUUGAUUUAAUCAGUGCUGGUAUGCUUUAAAUACAUAAUAAAUUGGGAUUCUGCAACUUAGAUGACUUAGAAUAGCUAAAUUUCAAUAAAGCUCAUUUCAAUCUGUUAAUGUAUACACUUCUGCCAAGGGGUUUAAAAUCGUAGAAAAGAUGCAAACUUGCCACAUUAGAGGUGGGAAAAGUUUAAAGAUACCAUCCAGACGAAAUGAUUUGCAGGAUAAUAACGUGACAAGCAAAACAUGUAUCUAUAUCUAUAUCUAUAUAUAUCCUAAUUACAGCCUAGAUGCAUCUUCUAAGUUCUGAGUAGCGUACUUAGAAGAAAACUCACAUAUAAAUGCAGUGGAUUUAAUUUUAUUCCCUUUUCUUCUUGCCAACACUCAACUCUUUUCUGCCUCUCCGUACCAGCUCUACAAAUCAAGUGACAUCCAAAGUGGGACCUCUUCUUGCCCAUUUGGCAGCCUCCAUCGCCACUUUGCCAAGCUCCUGCAUUAGGAGGAUUUUCUUCCUAGCAGCCAUGGGGAUUGGGUGGCUUGUAGGCACAGCACUUGCUGAAUGGUUGGCCAGUGUUUACCUGAGCCUGUGCUCCCCCUCCCCCAACUCUUUAGAGUUUAUGGCUCAAUCAGCUAGCCUGCUGUCAGGAGUAAUUGCCUUGGCAAGAGGUGAAAACACUUAAUGGUGAAAUUGUUUGUCUGUUAAAGUGUUCUUCCGCAGCACCUUGGAGGUGCCAGGACGAAACCUGUAGGUGCCCAGUCCAGAGGUAGGUAGGAGGCAAGAGUGACAAACAGGCAACUAUCAAGAAUGGCAAAGGAAGGAGACCACUUUGAGGUGGGACAGCAAAAGACCCAUCUGUCCCUGUAAGAAGCUAUGAGAUCUUGGAUAAUUGCCUGAGGUCUCUGUGCCUCUGUUUCAUCAUGUGCAAAAUUAAGGGGGUUGAUACUCUAAUGUCUCUUCUAGCUCCUAAGACAGCAUGUGAUGUCUAGGACAUUCCAGAUUAGUUUUCCUUUCAAUUAAAUGAUGCAUCUCUGAGAUAAAUGACCGGGGCAGAGCUCAGAUGAAUACAAAAUGGAAUGAUUCAUGCCCUGGUUCAUAGGACUUUUCCUGAAAAGUACCACUAGUCUUUGGGGACUGUGAUUCCACUGGUUGGUGUCUUCAGCUUUGAUGCUAAGGACAAACCCAGUUACUUGUCUGAAGUUGAUCCAACCUGGGAACUUUGGUAAUCCAUCUCAUUCUUAUCACAAUGAGUACCACAACAGACAAUGUUCACUUAUUUUCAGUUCCUGAGAGGCAGAAAUGAAGAGAAUUCAAAGAAAGGAGCUGGAGAUUCACAUUUCACUCUCCCUACCACCAACUUGGGCAUCUUUGUCAAGAACGUAGCCUUGCCCACACUCACUUCCAGCAGGGUUUCUCUGCCAUCUUUGAGGGGGGUUUUUUGUGCUUUUUUCUACAGAUGACCAACAGGUGCCGUAUAAUAGCAAUACAGACCCUCUCCAGACCAACUGGAAUAAGAGAGAGCAAGCUCUUUGUAAGUGCCCCAUCUAUAAAUGAUUGUGAAUAGAAAUAAUCAGGCAAGACUUCUCUUUAAACUUAGAAGACACAAAUUACUAACAGUCUCAAAGCUUAAUUAGGGGUAUGGAGGGGGUGGGCUUCGUUAUGGUUUAAACUACCUCUUCUCUGUUCAUUCUCUAGCACGUUCUCCUGGAGUGGGGUGUACUGCGGAGCACAGUAAUCACCGUGAGCAGAACGUCAGGGUCAGCCUCCUGGUGUCAUACAGCAGAAUCUUUCCUUAAUCCACCGGAGACCCCAUAGACAUCAAUGGAGACUGGUGAAACCCCAGCGGGAUCUCAGGAAAGACUCUCCGUACACAGACAUACGUUUCUGCCACACUGGGUCUCAUACCACUGGGACUAGGAUGGCUUCCCAAACCUGCUGGGUUUGAAAAGCAUUUCCCCAUCCACCACCAAAAACGGCUGGCUGACUGCAGAAUUCCAGUGCCCGCAAGGAAAAAAAAAUCUUAGCCAAGCCCCCACAAUCAUUGCUUUCUUCUAUCUUCUCUCAAGUUGCUUUUCUAAGGCAAAGGACCAAAUGUUGAUUUCUCUACAGAUUCCUACGUCUCUCUCACACGUAGGCAGCUUUAAAGAGGAAAGGGGGAACAUUCCCCAAAGGGGAAGGGGGAGAGAACAGAAUCUCUCAGUUUCCCACUUGGAAAUAUCUGGUCUUUGAUGAUGCUACCCCAAGCCUCCAUCCCCUCUCCCCUUUUUUUGAAAUAUGGACAAAAAAGCUAUAAGUGUUUUACAUUUCAUCAAAGAAUAUAUAUUACUUUAGUGAUUCGGUAAAAUGUUGGUUUUAUGCCCACCCCUUUUCAAUCUGCCCAUGUCUGAGGUGCUCCGGCAAGACGCACAAUCGUGAGCAGCUUACGACACUCAGUGAGCAGUAGGUGCCUGUGCAAGCUCGCACCGCACACUGCCUGGCGGAGGGAAGGAGCCCGGGCGCCGCUCCCCGCUCCCCGCGCCGCCGCCCGCGCCGCCCGCCGCCCGCACCUCCCCGCCGCCCGCAAAGCAUGAGCGAGCCCGCUCUCCGCAGCCGCCCCGGGCGCGAAUGGCAGGCGGUCUCCGCGGAGUGAAAGGUGGCGCCGGUCUGUGGUCCUUUCCAAUGACGGACAUUAACCAGACUGUCAAAUCCUGGGGAGUCGCGAGCCCCGAGUUUGGAGUUUUUUUCCCCACAACGUCACAGUCCGAACUGCAGAGGAAAAGGACAGCGGCAGGAAGGCGAAGCCCGGGCGCCGGCACGUAGUUGGGAAACUUGCGGGUCCUAGAAGUCGCCUCCCCGCCUCGCCGGCCGCCCUUGCAGCCCCGAGCCGAGCAGCAAAGUGAGACAUUGUGCGCCUGCCAGAUCCGCCGGCCGCAGACCGGGGCUGCCUCGGAAACACAGAGGGGUCUUCUCUCGCCCUGCAUAUAAUUAGCCUGCACACAAAGGGAGCAGCUGAAUGGAGGUUGUCACUCUCUGGAAAAGGAUUUCUGACCGAGCGCUUCCAAUGGACAUUCUCCAGCCUCUCUGGAAAGAUUCUCGCUAAUGGAUUUCCUGCUGCUCGGUCUCUGUCUAUACUGGCUGCUGAGGAGGCCCUCGGGGGUGGUCUUGUGUCUGCUGGGGGCCUGCUUUCAGAUGCUGCCCGCCGCCCCCAGCGGGUGCCCGCAGCUGUGCCGGUGCGAGGGGCGGCUGCUGUACUGCGAGGCGCUCAACCUCACCGAGGCGCCCCACAACCUGUCCGGCCUGCUGGGCUUGUCCCUGCGCUACAACAGCCUCUCGGAGCUGCGCGCCGGCCAGUUCACGGGGUUAAUGCAGCUCACGUGGCUCUAUCUGGAUCACAAUCACAUCUGCUCGGUGCAGGGGGACGCCUUUCAGAAACUGCGCCGAGUUAAGGAACUCACACUGAGUUCCAACGAGAUCACCCAACUGGCCAAUACCACCUUCCGGCCCAUGCCCAACCUGCGCAGCGUGGACCUCUCGUACAACAAGCUGCAGGCGCUCGCGCCCGACCUCUUCCAUGGGCUGCGGAAGCUCACCACGCUGCAUAUGCGGGCCAACGCCAUCCAGUUCGUGCCGGUGCGCAUCUUCCAGGACUGCCGCAGCCUCAAGUUUCUUGACAUCGGAUACAAUCAGCUCAAGAGUCUGGCGCGCAACUCUUUCGCCGGCUUGUUCAAGCUCACUGAGCUGCACUUGGAGCACAACGACUUGGUCAAGGUGAAUUUCGCCCACUUCCCGCGCCUCAUCUCCUUGCACUCGCUCUGCCUGAGGAGGAACAAGGUGGCCAUUGUGGUCAGCUCGCUGGACUGGGUUUGGAACCUGGAGAAAAUGGACCUGUCGGGUAACGAGAUCGAGUACAUGGAGCCCCAUGUGUUCGAGACCGUGCCGCACCUGCAGUCCCUGCAGCUGGACUCCAACCGCCUCACCUACAUCGAGCCCCGGAUCCUCAACUCUUGGAAGUCUCUGACGAGCAUCACCCUGGCCGGGAACCUAUGGGACUGCGGGCGCAAUGUGUGCGCCCUGGCCUCGUGGCUCAGCAACUUCCAGGGGCGCUACGAUGGCAACUUGCAGUGCGCCAGCCCCGAGUACGCGCAGGGCGAGGACGUCCUGGACGCCGUGUACGCCUUCCACCUGUGCGAGGAUGGGGCCGAGCCCACCAGCGGCCACCUGCUGUCGGCCGUCACCAACCGCAGUGACCUGGGGCUCCCGGCCAGCUCGGCUACCACGCUCGCUGAUGGCAGGGAGGGGGAGCUCGACGGCACGCCCGAGCCGGCUACUGUGGCUCUCCCAGGCGGCGAGCACGCCGAGAACGCUGUGCAGAUCCACAAGGUGGUCACAGGCACCAUGGCCCUCAUCUUCUCCUUCCUCAUCGUGGUCCUGGUGCUGUAUGUCUCCUGGAAGUGUUUCCCAGCCAGCCUCAGGCAGCUCAGACAGUGCUUUGUCACGCAGCGCAGGAAGCAAAAGCAGAAACAGACCAUGCAUCAGAUGGCUGCCAUGUCUGCCCAGGAAUACUAUGUUGAUUACAAACCGAACCACAUUGAGGGAGCCCUGGUGAUCAUCAACGAGUAUGGCUCAUGUACCUGCCACCAGCAGCCCGCGAGGGAAUGCGAGGUGUGAUUGUCCCAGUGGUUUUCAACCCGUGCGCUACCAAAUACGCCUGGGCAGCCGGGGCGGGCCGGCGAGUGCCAGGCUGGAGUCUCCUUGUCUGUGCUCUGAUAUGCUCCCUGACUGAAACUGUAGGGGAUCUCUCCUAGAGACUUGACAUUUUAGCUUUAUUGUGUCUUAAAAACAAAAACGAAAUAAAACACAACAAAAAUCCCACCCCACCACCUUCAGGACAGUCUAUCUUAAAUUUCAUAUGAGAUCUCCUUCCUCCCUUUGAAGAUCUGUCCAUAUUCAGGAAUCUGAGAGUGUAAAAAGGUACCAUUGAUUUUUUUUUUUUUUGUAAACUAAAAUGUUUAAAAUAAAAUAGCAUUUACAGUUUUUACAGACUGGUGUAACCUAAAUGAAUUGUUACAUGUGUUAAAAGAGAAGUUACAGUCAAAAUUUCCUUUCCUCUGUGCGUAUCCGUGUGUGAUGGGGGUUGGGGGGAGAUGUCCAGUGGACAGAGGGAAAAUCCAGAAAUUCAGGAGCAAAGUAGUCAGACUCAAUUUGAAAUAUUAAGAAGGAUAGACAAAGCUUAUCAGGUUGAUUUAUCCCACAUGGGUAAGGACUGAAAAAAAGGAAGACCCUUUAUAUUAUUUUUAGGGGGGUGCCGUGCAAUCUAACCACUUUAAAGCAAGUGAAAGGUGGACUGAGGACUGAGCAUCAGUGCUGAGCCUUUAAGGCAGAGAUCGUUGCUAAUGGCUUUUAAAAGGCAGUGCCAGACAGUCUGUCCUACAACAAGAAACAUUUUUUGCACUUAAUGUAACAAUCUUUCAAAUCAAUUCAAAAUCUCACCCCCAAAUGCCACUUGUUCUUAAUUCUCCUAAGCCUUUGAUUCAGCAGGCUUCCUAGCAUUUGUGCCCUUUUCCAUACUCUCCUGCCUUCUGUAGUCUGAUUGAGGGGAAUAGGUGGAACCCAAAUGCUCAGUGAUGAAAGCUGUGCCUCUGGAGUACAUUGCUAAGACUGCAGCAGACUCAGGCUCUGAGCAGCGACGGCACACUCCUAGUUACUAUGGGAAACAGUGAGAAAAUCUCACCUCAGGAUGAAUGCCUACUGGGUAAUGACUUGUAGUGGGAGACGUUAGUGUUAGUGGCAGACGUGAUGCAGAAGCAAUGAAAGGGGCAGGGUGGGGUGGGGUGGGGUUGGGGAAGAUCAUCAUUUGAUCCUGUGUUCGAAUAUUACUGAGAUGGGAAUAAUUUGUUAGCCCAGGAUAGAAAAGCUGCCUCUUCUCAGAUUGCCCUUUUCUGUAAUACUUGCUCUCCCUGUGUCGUUUAACUUUCUUCUGUGUUGGGAUUCAUGACUGCCCCUUCCCACCUUUCAUAGGUUUCCAGGUCCAUCACUGAGAUUUAACUUGUUUAUUAAACUAAAUUAAAGAGUAGUAGCAGUUGGAGUGUGUGGGAAGGGACAGGGGUAGGAGUAUGUGUGUUGGAUGGGAGGGGUCUUUCACUAGCUAACAAUUUAAGCAAAUGCAUGCCUGAAAUAAACUGUCUUGGAUGGCAGAUGGUGAACACCGAACUAAUGUUGUCCAUGUCCAGAAGUCUUUCUCAAACUCAGGUGCUCACCCCUCUGAAUGCUCCCACAGUCUGGCAUCUUUCUUUUUUCUUCCUCUUUUUUAAGAGAGAAGUCCAAAUAGCGGGAAGACGGUUGGGGAAAAGACAUACAUAAGCAUCUCCUCAAAUGCAAAUGCUUCCAGCCACCUACCUAAAAAAGGCAAAAUCAGCUGUUUGAAGUGCAGAAUGGCAUCAGCAGGAGGUUUACUUAAGAUGAGGAUUGGUAGUAGAUUUCUCUUCUACCUACGGAGAAACCAAUAUGCCUAAAAAUACUGCUUCUAAGAGGCUCUUUCAAGAGAAAUAGUUUGCAAAUGUCUCUAAGAUGUUAAGCUUUGGAAGAGAGUUUCUUUCUCACACACACACACACACCACACACACACCCCAGCUCAUUCUUCCUGACCAGGAAACUUUAUCCUGUUUUGUUUAUAAUGAAAACAUGACAUUAUGACACACACCAUGCACAUACCCAUUUAGACUGUUAAUGUUCUAGAAGAGAGGUGCUUUGUUUGAUGACUUUGAGGAGGGGGUUUUGGAUAUAGUCUAAGCAUGAUCAUUUGGGGCUGCCGUUUUGAAUAGUGUAUCACUUGGAGGGCAGGGGUUCCAGGAACAUCUAUAAUUAAACCCCACUAAAGAGACCUCCUCUAAUAGACAAUG